UUUCAGUUGCUAAGCGACUGUAAUCACGAUUUACGUAGUUUUGUUUAUUUUAUACUACAGUGAUUCUACUUUUUCGGUUUAUUUUAUUUAUAAAUAUAAUUUUAAUGUGUUAAUAAUGUCACAACAAACAAUAGCAUUUUUGGAAAGAAAGUCUGAUACUGAACAGUUAGAGCCUGUUUUAGAAUUAGACGAAAAAGUCAGUGUAAUAUUUGACCGACCGCAAGAAGAAGGUGAAUUCGAAGAAAUUUCACCCCGUAUAUUUACCCUCAAAGAUGUGAAGGAACCGUUGACUUUGCCGUCUUUGAAUAACGCCAUCUAUGAGUUAGGCGUGAUAAACUUAUGCUGGCCUGAGAUAACCGAGCCUGUGUUUGAAACGCGAACAUGCUUUCCUCCAAGUUACUACACCAAUUCCACAAAGGAACGCCUGUUACUGGCUUAUGCGGAGAAUUUCAGGCGCCAGUACAAUUUCCACUAUAAAUUCAAGAGACCUCUUCUAUUUCAAGCACCAAAUGAAUGUGGAUUGCAGAAAAUGGUGUGUACUACUAUCCGGCCAACAAAACUUUGCUACCCGGAAACCAAUACUUGGCAAGGCGUCGCUUCGCUGGUGUCCGACUUCUUUGAAUACGAGCCUCUUUCGAAGCCUAUGUUAUUGCCGGAACGCAUUAUGUCCCCGUACACGGCGCUGAUCCGUCGGAAGGCGAACCCGUUCGAGCUCGCGCACGUCGCGGUCUCGUGGCUCACCGGUGCCGGAUACGACGCGUACGUGGUCGUGGGCUGCGCCGUGCGUGACGUGUGCAUGGCCAUCCGGUACCGGACCGUGUGUCCGGAGCUACCGGACGAGAACCCGAAAGUAGAAACGCCACCCCCUUCCGACGAGGAACCUCGGUACCGCCUGGUGCCGCUGCCCGACCUCACGUCCAAGUACCUCAUCGCGAUGGAGGAGAAGGAAAGAGCAUUACGGCAAGCGGAGAUUGACAAGAUCGAGAACAAACGGCUCGCCAGGAUUGCCGAGCUCGAGAAGCCCCCGCCAGACGACAUCACCGACUGGCGCACACACGCGUGGGUGCUGGUCCUACCAGGGUUCAAGGACAUCGAGGAACCCUUCUUCAUAGAGCCGAGCGAUGGCAACGCGUAUCCGCUCGACGCGCCGCAGUACCGGGGGUUGGAUAGUGUUUACAAUCAUGAAAAUUACUAUGUGAACCUCCAAGAUUGCAAAGAGGGUCUCGGAACAUUGAACUACGAUCUAUGUGAACUGUCCUGUUGGGAGCACCUGCUAGCCGGAGAGCCGACUUACAGACGAGCUUUGACCGGAAUCGACCAGGACGACCCGCGGACUGCCGUCGACACCGAGAAGCAUCUCGACAUGCCGGCCAGCUGGGUUGAGAAACUGGAUAUCACGCCUGAUGAAUUCAGGCGGCGAUUCCCGGGCAGUCACAAAGUCAUUCACUACAAGAAGGUUCUUAUGGAGAAGUUUGCGGCCUACUUCGAGCGUGAUGGACUCGUGAAGAGAAUCAUGCUCUAUGAUGAUUAUGCCUUGACAAAGCCUUUGAUUACCUACGAGUGGUUUCAACAUAGAGCCGACUUGAUGGAGUACGUUAAAAUAGACUACGUCAAAAAAAUCACAUAUGAAAAGUUUGGCAUCGGAAGAAGAGAACAUUUAAUCUACCACGAGUACUCGUUUGACGCCCCGCCAACCUCAAUAGAAGCCCGCCGCACGUUAGAGUUCAACUACUACGCGCGCUUGGACCACCUCACCAAAAUCGAGUGCUCUCCCCUAACCUUCUUCGAGUACUUUACUAAAAGAGAAGAUUUUCUAGGAUCUCGUCGAACAGUAUACACGGAAGGGACCAAAGCUGAACCUAAGCGUCAACUAAAGACGCUCACAGACGACUAUGCUCGCGACUACAGCGUUCCAGCGGAAAAGGAUAUCUGGAGAAGAAUCUUCCAGGUCCCGGACAACACUAUCGAACUCCUGUACCAUUACGCGUACAACUUCGUCACGAAUAACAUCAGGAAAUACCUCAAGUCCAACUUAGCCGAGACGGGUGGCAAGAUCUUGUUCUAUCCGGAGAAGACAUCAGGAUACAUAGCCGAUCCUGUCGGCAAAGCGCCCCGCCCCCUCAACGUUUACCUGACGCUCUGCGAGAACAUGGAGUACGAGAACAAGGCGCGCAAGGGCAUCAGGGACAGGGAAGCGGACAUCAUCACGUACCUGCAGCAGCGGCACAAGGAGCUGACAGAGCCAGAGCUGGUGGUGGCGCUCUUCGACACGGAGAGGAACGAUGCCGCUAGGAAGGGAUGGAUGGAACAAGAAGCUAGAAAAGCUGAAGUGUCAGAACGCGAAAAGGAGGCCGAAAUAGACCCCCUAGCUCCAUACUUGGCUCGCAUGUUCGGCUCCGGCCACGGCAGCGGAGCGCCACUGACCGUUAAGGAAGCCACGCUCGUAAGGGAGCAGUGUAUUAAUGACUUCAAGGCGAAGCAGCUGCAGCGGCAACUUUUGGUCCACGAGCGGUUUGAAGCAAUGAACACGGAAUACAAGCAAAAGAGAUUGUGGUACUUGGCGAAUCAGUACAUUCUUACUCCAGAUAAAGAAGCCAAGUAUUUCGCGACUAGCGCCGAGCUAGCGUUCCAACUACACACCCUAGAGGUGCGGCUGACCCGUCACCAGGAUCUGUCCGCGCCGCGGUACAAGGCUCUCAUGGACUACCUGGACAAGCAUCCGCUGCUCAAGGAGUUCAACCGGAUCAGACACCAUCACGGAAUUAAGUAGCUUCUGCCAAGUCGAACCAAGCAACCAGGUGGU